AUGGCAAGCGAAGGUUUCGGUCAGGCUUGCGCUAAUAUCAUAAGUUGGAGUGGUGUGUUUGUUCAUGUUAGAUGUGGCAUGUGUUAAAAAUACCUUAAUUCUUAGAAAGUGUUUUAGAAGCUUUUUGUGAGUGUUCAUUAUGAUUGACUGGAAAAAGCGGCAUCAUGCCUGAAGACAGAAGCCAGUCUCUUGCGGAUUCGGACGUGGCCGUGCACAGACCCUUCUCUCUCGUGCAGCGUCUGUUUUUCUGGAAAAACCGGAAGCGGCCGCCGGAAAAGCAAGUUCGAGUGGUCCAUAACAAUGUCACGUUGCCGGAAAACGUCCCAGCUAAGCACCAUCCACAUCGUGGGUAUGCUUGCAAUCGGAUACGCACCACCAAGUACACUGUCCUGUCGUUCAUACCAAAAAAUUUAUUCGAGCAGUUCCACCGCAUUGCGAACCUGUACUUUAUCGGUAUUGUGCUCUUGAAUUGGGUGCCCAAGAUCAAUGCCUUCGGCAAGGAGAUUGCCAUUAUACCAGUGAUGUUUGUGCUCGGUGUGACCGCCAUCAAGGAUUGGUUCGAGGAUUUCAGGAGAUACAAAUCGGAUAAAAGAAUAAAUAAUCUGACGUGUCGGGUGUACAACCGAAAAGAGAGGCGUUACGUGAAGACACUCUGGAAGCACGUCCAUGUCGGCGAUGUCGUCCACCUGUCCUGCAAUGAAGUCAUUCCAGCGGAUAUUUUACUCCUCAAAUGCAGCGACGAUCAAGGACUGUGCUACAUUGAGACUGCCAGUCUGGACGGAGAGAGUAACUUGAAGCAGAGACAAGUUGUAAGAGGCCUGAUGCCGCAGGGAGAAUUUCACCCUUCCACAUUUCGAGGCAGAAUAGAAUGUGAUCCUCCUAAUCAUAAAAUAUAUCACUUCAAUGGUUGCAUAACCAUGUCUUCCGGACAAAAAGUGCCCAUAUGCAAAGAAAAUUUGCUGCUGAAGGACUGUGUUUUGAAAAAUGCUGAUUUUAUUGAAGGCAUUGUAGUUUAUGCUGGUCAUGAAACUAAAGCAAUGCUUAACAACGAUGGGCCUCGCUACAAGAGAAGUAAAUUAGAAAAACUCAUGAAUCGUGAUGUGAUUUUUUGUAUCGUCAUGCUAAUUCUAUUGUGCCUUUUAGGAGCAUUAGGUAACGGCUUAUGGUUAAGUUCCUUCGAUAACAGAGUAAUUGUACCUUUUCUUGCCGGAUUUUAUACUGAAGAAUCCGCAGAAGUGUACAAAGAAGCUUUUUUAAUAUUCUGGACGUUCGUAAUUGUGUUGCAAGUGAUGAUUCCUCUUUCUUUAUAUGUCACCAUUGAAAUAAUCAAACUUGGUCAAGUGUAUUUCAUUCACGAGGACAACAAUUUCUACGACAAAUCCACCGACAGGAGGAUCGAGUGUCGUGCCUUAAACAUUACCGAAGAGCUUGGUCAGGUUGAGUAUGUCUUUUCUGACAAGACAGGAACAUUGACAGAAAACAACAUGGUGUUCAGGAGGUGCACCAUAGGAGGGGUGGAUUAUGACCAUGAAAGAAGAAUGUCUGGAACAUCCAAUGGUGACGAGUCGACCUACGAUGCUGCAAAACCAUUGGAGGAUUCAAAUGCCAAAGGUGAUCUCAUUCUUAAUUCUAGUCUUCAAGAAGAAUUAUCCAAAAUUGAAAUCCAACUCUACGUGGAUUCUGCAGCCACCGAAGGGACGCAUCUCACCUCUGACUGCCAGAGGAUCCAAGACUUUUUCCUUCUUUUAGCCGUUUGCAAUACGGUCGUGGUUGCAAAGCAUCCACACAAAGAUCAAAUGAAUUCAAGUGGUCUUUUUCUCAACUUAACCCCCACACCUCACCGACUGAGAGGUACCAGUGACGGAUGGGAUGCUCCUCACGAGAAAUACUCCCACCUGUUGAGUGAAGUCAGCACACCAGCCAGUUCCACAACUUCUACCCCAGUGAAGCGUCCCCGUAACUUAACCUUACCUUUACAUUUGGGAUGUUUCCAAACGCCGACUCCAUCGCCUCUCCAAUUAAACCCUAUUUAUGAAGCCGAAAGUCCUGAUGAAAUAGCUUUAGUGGAUACUGCAUUUAGUUAUAACUGCAGACUGCUACGACGCACACCCGAUUCUGUAGUGUUGUCACUUCCAGGUGAAGGCCUCAUUGAGUUCAGAAUACUUCAUGUACUGCCAUUUGACGCUACUCGUAAGAGAAUGUCAGUGAUCCUACAGCAUCCGAUUACCUAUGAAAAAAUUCUGUUUUGCAAAGGGGCCGAUUCUUCAAUCUUUCCUGUGCUAAAACCAGUUACAGCUCAAGCCAACAAAAAUAUGAUAUUAAAAACACAACAGCAUUUAAACAGCUAUUCUAGAAAUGGACUUCGCAUUCUUUGUAUGGCUAAGAAGGUUAUUUCAGAUGAAGAAUAUGCAAAAUGGCUGCCUAUCCAAGUUGCUGCUGAACUUUCAAUACAUGAUAAAGAACAAAAUUUGUUUCAAUCUGCUUGUAUAAUUGAACAAAAUCUUGAGCUACUGGGAGCUACUGGCAUCGAAGACAAGUUGCAAGAUGGAGUACCUGAAACUAUUCAUUCCCUACGAGCUGCUGGAAUUACAGUAUGGGUUUUGACUGGUGACAAGCAGGAAACUGCUGUGAAUAUUGCUUAUUCUUGCAAGUUGUUCUCGACUGAUAUGGAAAUCAUUACACUGAACGCCAGAUCGAAAGAAGCUGCAGAAGACACUUUGAAAUUCUAUUUAGACCAAAUACAAAAAGAUAUAGUGACCGAAACCUGCUCUUCGGCUCCUUCUAUGUUCUCCAUUUCAUCCCGGAACCCUCUGAAAAACUUCUUCUUCGGUUUCAACAAAAAACUGACGAUAGGUGUUGAGAGUGACAAAAGGCAGCGCGCUCUAGUCAUAGACGGCAGGACAUUGGCAUAUGUCUUAGACAAACCUCUCGCCGAGUUGUUUUUAAAUUUAGCUCAGCACUGCACAUCUGUUUUGUGUUGCAGAGCCACUCCUUUGCAAAAAGCAUACAUAGUCAGCUUAGUAAAGGAGACCUUAGGUGUAACUACUCUUGCAAUUGGUGAUGGUGCCAAUGAUGUGAGCAUGAUCCAGACUGGUGAUGUCGGCAUUGGCAUCAGUGGCAAGGAAGGCAUGCAAGCUGUCAUGGCCAGUGAUUUCACCAUGACUCGAUUUAAACAUUUAGAACGAUUAUUAUUGGUGCACGGGCACUGGUGUUACGAUCGUUUAGCAAGGACUAUUUUAUAUUUCUUUUAUAAAAAUGCUACUUUCAUUUUCAUCAUCUGCUGGUACCAGUGGUACUGUGGCUUCAGUGCGACUGUCAUGAUCGACCAGAUCUAUUUGGCGCUAUACAAUGUCCUGUUUACAUCUCUUCCGCCAAUAGCUCUAGGAAUCCUCGACAAAGAUUGCCCAGAUCAUUUGCUUUUGAAGUACCCUAGUCUGUACAGCCUAGGGAGGAAAGCUCAAGUCCACACUAAAUUUUCCUUCUGGGUGAACAUGUUAGAUGCCAUUUAUCAAAGCAUUAUCACCUUUUUCAUUCCAUUCAUGGCGUAUUAUGAUUCAGAUGUUGAUAUUUGGGAGUUUGGAACAACAAUAUGUACUGCAUGUGUACUAGGGCAGCUAUUACAUUUAGCUAUAGAAACUAAGUCAUGGACGCUGCUCCAUGGAGUGUCUUUGUUGGUCAGUUUCCUCCUGUAUUUUGGAUUUGCUGUGGUGUACAACUGUUGGCCAUACAUAAGUGCUGGUCGAGAAGGCUUGCAGAAUCCUUACUGGGUCAUAGUACAUGCCAUGAGUACUGCCGUGUUUUGGUUUUCUAUCCUCUUAGCCCCUGUGAUGUCAUGUUUACCUAGGUUCAUACUUCGAUCGCUUCAGGGAAGUAUGUUUCCUUCCGACGUUUCUGUGGCAUUACGCACAUACAAACAAAGCGAAACUUCGUCCGAAGCUUCGACCGUUUCUGUCACGUGGUCUCGGUAUUCAAGCAACGAGUCCUCAGUCGAUAUUGGAAUUCACCCAGAAAUCAAAGCAAGUGAUUUAGUUGUCAAAAACUGUUCUUUUGAGAGCAAUCAAACUCCAGAAAAUUGUGCCAUAAAUUCUUAACAUGAGCUUUAAGAAUAUAACUAAAUGAUAUAAUGUAUAUUUCUUUAAUAUAAAUGUUUUUGUCAAUUUUUUCCCCAUAUAUUGUUGGUUGAUUCAUCAGGGACAAAACUCAUUUCCAUGACAGUGGCAUAUAAUUGUUUUAUUGCCAAUAAUUGCCUUUUUUGUGUUUUUAUUUUUCCAUUCAUGAUUUUAAUUAUAACCUUGAUUCAAUUUUUUUCAAACGAUUUUGUUUUUAAAAAAUUUAUUCAAAUUCUUUACUUUUUUUAGAUGAUUUAAUUUAUAUUAAAGAUUUUAUUUUUCUAAGGAAAAGAAUCAUUUAAAACUAAUUAUUUUUAAAAAAUAUCAGAAAUGAAUUCUUUUUACUUUUAUACUUAAUCAAAUUAUGCUGAAUUAGAAAUAUUACUGUGAUUAUUACUCUAUAAUUCCAUUUCUAAGUCUAAUGGAUUUUUGAACUCGAUACUGACGUAAUUGUAAGCUUGUUUAUGUGAAUAAGAUAUGUACAUAGGCACAAAUGAUAUGACAAGCAUUCCUAUGUCAGAAUUAAUUAACUUUAUCAUAAUGUGAUUGCUAUUUGCUAGUCAUUUGUGAAAUGAAAUUGUUUAUGAUUAUAAAAAUUUUGUGAUGUAAAUAAGUUAAUUGUUAUUUUUAUGUUUUGUUUGCCUUGUUAUUGCUUAAUGUUUUUGUACUAGAUAGUUUUAUUAUUUGACCAAGAAAACUUUAUAACUGUUUAAUUGUUUGCUGUCUGAUACUAGAGUGUAUCUUUUUGAAAACAUCAUUUUUACCCCAUUUGUAGCAUUUGAACUUUUUCAUCUUAUUGAAUCGUAAACGAAGUAAUUGUCUACAAACAAAUGCAAGGCUUUUGCACAUUUUAAAGAAAGCAAGUGUACUUAAAAUAUAUUCUAAACUUCUGGACAUUGGUGUUUGAUGUUUUGUGAAGUUUAUUAUAAAGAAAAUAGAAUGUUUUGAUGAUCUAAUUAAGAUCAUACAAACCUUAUGCAUUUUCAAUUUAUUUAUGAAUGUAAAGUGUUAGUUCUCAACCCUUUCGCAUGCGACCCAUAAAUUUUUUAAAAUGUAAAAAUUCCAAAUUCAUUUAAAACAGACUUACAAUGCUAUCCUAUUCAUAAUCUUUCCUUGGAGGAUUUAAAAAGAUGUUAAACAUGUCUAUGGUGUUUUAACCAUUUGUAUGCAGUAUAUAUAUUUCAGUUUCGUUAUUAGAAAGGGAAAACGAAGACCUGCCUGAUAUUAAGUGCAUUGUUUUGCAUCUCAAACCAAAAAUAUGAUGUAGGAAGUUUAAGAACGUUAUUACCCUUAAUGCUAUUAUUUUUUUCUGCAUCAGUGAUCAUAUAGCCUACUGAUUUAAGCAUUAACAACCAUAUUCGUUAGUUUAAGGAUAAAAAGACGAGUGGCAGUAAUGUAUUGAUAUCUCGCUCAUCUAUUUUGUGUUACACUGCAAAACAAA